GAGCCAGGCUGGGGAGAGAUGGGGGCGGCAGGCCCAGGUGCCACUCCUGGAGAGAGCCCUCCAGAUGAAGCCCCCCUAACCCAGACGUUCCAGUGGGCACCACUGCCGCCGAGGGCCUGGAGGACAGGGGCCCGGGCAGGACGGCGUGCAGGGCGAGGCUGGAGGCGAGCGGUGAGUGGGGGGACCUUGAGGAGGUGACGCAGAACUCCCGGUCCGUGGAGCCCCCUCCCGGGCCCCCGGCGACCCGCCCACCCCGAGAGCGCCGCUGCGAUUGGUGGAAAGUUCGAGGCCCCGCGGCGCGAUUGGCCGUCCGGCCCGCCCACCGCCUGCGCCGCUCCCAGGCUCCCGCCCGGUGCGUGGCCCGCCGCGCGGGCGGACGGGGCUGCGCGGAGCCGGGGCCAAAGCCCCGGCUGCUCCCGCCGCGCCCCCGCGCGUCCGCCGCGCCAUGCCGCUCCCUGCGCUGCUCUGCGCGCUUUGCUUCUGCUUCUUGGCCGCGGCCGCUCGUGCCGGCUACUCGGAGGACCGCUGCAGCUGGAGGGGCAGCGGCCUGACCCAGGAGCCCGGCAGCGUGGGACAGCUCUCCCUGGCCUGUGCGGAGGGCGAGAUCGAGUGGCUGUACCCGGCUGGGGCGCUGCGCCUCACCCUGGGCGGCUCCGAGCCCGGCGCACAGCCCGGCAUCGUCUGCCUGCGGCCGGCGCGGCCCUUCGCAGGCGCCCAAGUCUUCGCGGAGCGGGCGGGUGGCGCGCUAGAGUUGCUGCUGGCCGAGGGCCCGGGCCCGGCCGGGGCCCGAUGCGCGCACUGGGGUCCCCGCGAGCGCCGGGCCCUUUUCCUGCAGGCCACCCCGCAUCCCGACCUCAGCCGCCGCGUGGCCUCCUUCAGCUUCGAGCUGCGGGAGGAUGGGCGUCCUGAGCUGCCCCCGCAGGCCCGCAGCCUUGGAGCGGAUGCUGCCUGCAGACCCUGCAGUGAUGCCGAGUUCCUCCUGGCCGUGUGCACCAGUGACUUUGUGAUCUACGGAACCAUCCUUGGGGUCGCCCACGACACAGAGCUACAGGAGUCUGUCAUCACCGUGGCAGCUGCCCGCGUCCUCCGCCAGACGCUGCCGGUUUUCCGGGUGGGAGGCCCUGGGGGCCAGGGGCAGGCCUCCAUUCGCACCCCACUGCACUGCGGCGUGCACCCCGGCCCUGGCACCUUUCUCUUCAUGGGCUGGAGCCGCUUUGGUGAGGCCUGGCUGGGUUGCGCUCCCCGCCUCCAGGAAUUCAGCCGUGCCUACGCAGCUGCCCACGCUGACCACCUGCACCCCUGUGAGGUGGUGCUGGACUGACAGGCCUGGGGAGCAGGGUGCUGGGGAGGGUGGGGGGGGUGGCCUGCGGACGGCAUCACAGCAUCACCUGCUUUUGAGGUAACAGUGAUGACCAAUAAGAGUGCUGAAUGGA